GGGUGAGCCCGGAGCUAAAAGGUUUGAUUCAACUAAAAAAAAAAAAAGACACGACGCGGAAAACAACGACAGCAGCUGCGGCCGCACGGAGCCAGAUCAAGUCGCGGGGGGAACUUGUCGGCUCGGUGUUCCAGACGUUUCGGAUGUUACGAUGGCUGCAAACUUCACCAUUUCUGACAGCGACUCAGAGCCUUCGGAGGAGGUAGAGGAAGGAGAAAACAAGCAGCCAUCGGCGGGACGGGAGGGGAGCGGCCCUCAGCGCCUCAACCUGCCCGAGCUCAAACUUUCAAUGAACGGUCGGAUCCGGCUGAACUCGGAGUCCAUCAUUUCCACCUCUUCCAGAGACGGGGAGCUCUCGGUCCGGGGUGAGGAGGAGCCCGGGACCCCCACUGAUGGGUAUCCAUUCAGGGGGCGGUCCAAGUCGGCCCCUCCCUCCCUGUGGGCGGCCAAGAAGUACGGCCGGCAGCUUCGAAGGAUGAGCGACGAGUUCGACAGCCUGCUGGAUAAAGGGGAGAUGAGGAAGGUAAGGAGCACCGGGUCCGCCAAACCCAUCCCCCACUCCAGGAGCUGGUGGAACUACCUCUUCAGUCACCAGGAGACGGACGGCGAGAACGGCCACCAUGAAAAACCGAACCAGCGCACCGAGUGAACGCCCUGAGGGGGCGGGAAACAUACAGAGCCACUGAGGUGUUUCAGGAUGAAGAACGAGGAAAACCACCGAACAAUGAGACGACCGGGGGGUCCAACCUGAAGUCAUUGGUAUUUUUUAUUUUUUUGUGUUGUGAUGAAAAGAGUUGGGCUGUCCGUUGUGUUGAGGGAAGCAGGAUCUGAAAAAGGACAUUUCUUUAUAAAAAAAAAAAAAAACAACAAACUUGAAUAUCAGCGAACCAAAACAGUGCGGUUUCCUGCA